AUGCCUCCGAUUUCUGCAUCGGAUUGUGAUCGAGACUCUAGACAAGUUGCUGGAGUGGUAAACCUCCCCAGCAACACUAUGGUUGUCAAUGCCAUGGCCUCUAGUGCUACCCCACUGGCCUCAGCCGGUCCCCCGACCUCAAGCUCGAGUUCGACGAGCUCAAGAUCAAGUGCUGCUAGCGCAGUGAGUUAUUGUGGUGCUGGUGAUGGUGGGGAAGGGGGUGGUGGCGCUUGGCCAAACGCCGCCGCCGCCACAGCGGUGGCACGACAAGCCAAUUUGGGGCCGUUGCUGUUCGACUGUGCCAUUUGUGCAGUGUUGGGUGAGUUUUGGGUGGCAAAUUUGUAG